AUGAAAAGUGUCCUAAUAUAUAUAUUCCUAUCGUUUUCAACGACUACGUGCGUUGCCGAGAUUCUGAAGAAAGUGAUCGUCGUUGCCAGGCAUGGAAAUCGAGCUCCGAAUGCACCAGUGCCUUAUCUAUGUCCUAACAUGAAAGUGACGUACUGGAUGGGAAGGAUGCCAGAAGUUUUACUCAGUCUUGCACGCAAGCCCACGAUAGAUGAUUUGUCGAAAUCGAGAUUUUAUUGGCCUUUGGGAUUGAAAAUGAGCGUUGAUGCUGAUGAGGAACAACCGUGGGAAAUGACGGUCGAAGAAUAUUGGGAUAGACUCAAAAUUGGUGUUUUUUUGAAUCAUCGAGAAUUGAUGAUGGCGAUUGCGAAAAUGCUGGAAAUUGGAGGGAAAGUUGAAAGUGAUCUUCCUGCUGGGAGUAUGUUUGUUUUCGAGGUUUACGAGGAAGACGGGUCGUCGGAAACUUCGUUGAAGAUGAAAUUUUGGAAACCUACGCAACCGAGUGCUGAGCAGAAAUACCGCGGCGGCUACGUCGAUGGUAACUUGUUGGAUUUUUAUGGUAAUGGGAGUGUUACGGAGCUCACCCCGAAGAUUUGCGAGAACCAGAGCAAAUGUAUGUGGAGUGAUUACAGGCGCGCCCUUCAGCAGUGGACUCGUCGCACAGGGAGUUGGGAGGAAAUCUGCCACGCAUCAGCUGAACCGUUCGGCCCGGCUGAAGAUUCUCUUAUCGAUGACGACGAUGAUGAUAUGUGGAUGUCGCCGCAUGAGCGAGUUCUACAGAGAAUCAUUUAUGGUUUUGAUGGUAGACAGGAAACAGUGGGAAAGGCGUAUUCAGCUGCUGCAGUAGCUAGUUCGGAUACAGUGCUGGCUUAGAUUGUCAAAUUCGAAGCUUGCAUUCCAAAAGUGAUGACGUUCACAUCUUGCUGUGCUCUCCCGUCACGUGUUUAGUGCUCUGAA